AUGCCGCCCCCUUCGAGCCAAAAGAGCGACAUUGAACCCCCCGACGAGAUCACCUCGGAGGCAUUCGGCUCCGUCUCGAUCAUUACACAUAUGAUCCUAAUCCUCCCUCACCCGUUCAAAUUUUCUCCAUCUGCAACGCCUCCUGCGCCGGCAUCUACUCAGUCGCAUCCCCCCAGACAAUCACCAUUCUCCAGACAGUACCUUCAAAACCGCCUCUUCCAUCGUCCCCUCGAGGGCUUCUCGGAGUGGCUGUCUCCGGGGUCCCGGAUCUAUCGGGGCCUAACUCCGCAGUUCAAAGUCUUCCUCCAGAUUGCGGCCAUGACUCUAGGCGGGUGUAUUUGGGCGGAGAGGAGAGUGAACGAUUACAUCAAUCUCGUCAGGAAAAUCAAGCGAGCUGAGCGAAUACAGGCCGAGAGAGUGGCGUCGAAGUAUACGGAAUAG